AUUUAAUCUAAAGUACACAUUUAAAAGAUUACAGAAUUCUAGCUAUAUUUACAAAGAAUAAUUUAUUACGAUAAUUACCUUAGAAUUUUGUGAUUGUUGUUAAAAAAAAAAUAAUGUCUACUAAAUUAUUGCAUUUAGCUUGUUUCAUGCUUUUUUGGCCAUUUGUAGUUAAUGUGAGCCUAAAAAUAGUAAAUGGAGUGGUAGUAGAGCCCCAUUCUUUACCAUAUAUGGUAGCCCUGGAAUCUACAAUUAAUGAAAGAACUAUCCGGUGCAGUGGUAGCUUAAUUGAAACCAAUAAAGUCCUAACUGCGGCAUAUUGUGUAUAUGGAGCUAAAUCUGUUUCAAUAACUUUAGGAGCUCACAAUUUAGACGAAAAAGAAGAAACACAACUAAAAUUAACUUCGACCAAUUUUACAAUUCAUGAAGAUUACGAAGAUGAUACGCAUUUGAAUAAUAUUGCUGUUAUUCAUUUAGAAAAGGAAGUGACUCUUACAGAUUCGAUAAAUACAAUUUCUACUCCAACAUUAGAGGAUUUGCUCGUGUCCUACAAUGACGACACAGGUUUGGUUUCUGGAUGGGGCAGAUAUAACGACACUAUUCCAGAUUACUCAGACGUCUUGCGGAAAAUUGAAGUAACCAUUAUUCCUUAUUUGGCUUGUACGAUAUCAUAUUUGGGUCAAAUUAAAAGCUCCCAAAUGUGUACAAGUGGAAUGCAAGAUGGACAAAAUAUCUGUUUGGGAGAUACGGGUAGUCCGUUAGUUGUUAAUGGAACGCAGGUGGGAAUUGCAUCAUAUGGAAGCGAUUUUGGAUGUUCCGUUGGAAUGCCAGGAGUCUAUACCAGAUUGACCAGUUACUUUUUCUGGUUAACUCGUGUCUAAUUUGAUAUCAAGAUAAGAUAGACUAUAGUAUUAUAUUUUUGCCAAGAUAGACACGACAUUGAAAACAUUGAAAACUUAAAUAAUCGCUUCGCGCUUAUUGGUCACAAAAUACCGUAUCCCUAUCAUUUUAUAGGAUUAGAAUUAGUUUUACACUGAAUGUCUUCAAAAUGUAAUAAUCAGUUAAACGUUUUAUUAAAAAAUAUAUAUCCUAAAAAAUAUAAGUGGAUUUUCA